AUGCCCCGACUCGUGCGACGGCGUCCCCUUUGGGAUCGCAUCACUUCAACGCUGAACCCCAUGGAUUUCUUGCUGUGGCUUUCAGAAGAGAUAGAGACAAGAGACUGGGAUUCGGGUCUGGUGGGAACCCAACUCGGCCUGGGGUUGAACUUUCUCUUCCUCGUCGUGCGGGCGAACUCGGGUUCCAAGCAGGCAAGUGAUGAUAUUUUUGGAGACGACGGUUCAUCCCGCUGGUUGUCGAUGCUUAUCUAUCCGCUAUCGUGGGGGCUCAUUGCAUUUUCUAUUAUCAACGCCAUUUAUACUGUUUCGCGAAGUAGAAAGUACAGAUUAUUUGAGGCAAAUAUCGACGUGAAACCGAGUACAUCUUCUGUUCGACGAGUUAAAGUGCAGUCUUCGCCUGUGGCUUCGUCGCCGCUGCGCUUUAUUGCCGACAUGAUUACUUCAGAUUCAGCCGAAUCGAGGGCCCAUCCAGACAAGAGCCGGGAUGUAUGGGAGCUCUCGGUCUGGGACCCUCUCCCUGUUUGCGUUCGGCUGGCAUGCUUGUUUAGUCCGGGACAUGUGCUCGUCUAUCUAAUCUUCUUGCCUCUGGCGCCUUUGGACCCUCGCCCUAGUGUCACCGUUUUUAAUUCGUUGAUUAUGCAAGUGGUCUUGUCUGCGCAGAUGCUUUUGCUAUCAUCGAGAUAUUUGCAGCAGGCCAAGGAUAGCGCUAUCGUUCAGAAGGAGGUUUUCCAUGAAUACGAUGCCAAAUUUGUGCAGCCACGAAUCCACCCGAUUGUCAGAGACGUCGGGACUCAAAUGUCGGACGAUCAACCAGUAAUUUCAAGAGAGUUUGUUCAGGUUGGAACCCCGACGACGCUCAUCAGGCGAUCCUUUAUCUCUCAUGGUAACCCACAUGUCGACUCAGAGGAGGCCACGCCAAUUAAGAGGUUUAACAGUCCCAGUCUCCGUGCUGGCAAUGUGAUGAAACCACAGAUAUUCACGCCUGCCACUGCCAGCCGGCGAACAGAGCUAUUCACUCCCGCAUUAAGCAGUCAUCGUUCUUCGGGUAUCCGACAUAGUUUGCCGGCUGGAUACACCCCGAGUAGUAAUGUUCCUGCUGCUUACACACCUGCUCCGCCGUCAACCUCCACAGUGGGCACGUCAACAGGCAUGAAUACAAAUUUUGGAGGCAGCCUUGGCGUUUACGCGCACCAGAAAUCCCCCUUGAAGAAGGCUAUUAGUAUGGGAGACAUGAAUAGUGACAACUUCUCGCCUAGGGGUUCUAGGGAAGCAGCUGCAUAUGAACAGAGUGGUCAGGAACCCCCAAGUAGCCCGACAAAAUACUCAGAAAAGAGGCGCUUCACCAGUACGAAUAUCAACAGCUCGCCGCAUCCGUUUGCCAAUAUGGGCAAGCAUUCGGCGUCGGAAAGGUUUCCUAAGCGAUGGCGAGGCUAG